UGACAUUUCCGUAUUUUCCGUAGUCAAAUGCAGGCUGGGAUAAAAUCCUAUUAAGUUUUCAAUUACAAAAUCUUAGUUUAACAUUUUAGUUCCUUACACAUUGCAUUAUCGCUCUAUUUAUUAAUUUUGUACAUUUCAUGUUUGUGAAUGUCCAUGUGCAACAGCGUACGGGUGUAUCCGCCCUUGAAAACUGUGUUACAAACGUUACAAAGGGUCUAAUCUAAAGUCAGCAUAGCAACAAGGUUUCGAUCCGAGAACCUCCUAUUUAGUGCGGUGCUCAAUGUUUAUUGUUCGAGUGCCUUCAUGAGAUGAUUGCUGAUAAUCUAUGGCGUUUGAAGGGGUAACUAAUCUGAUAUCGUAGAGUAAGUGGUGGCGCUGCCAGUAUAUGAUGAUCACUCGGCGUUGGUUCCACCCGUCGCUGACGGGCGUGGACGCGGAGCGGCUGCUGAUGGACUGCGGCCGCGACGGGUUCUUCCUCGCGCGGCCCAGCAUGAGCAACCAGGGCGACUUCACGCUGUCCGUGCGCCGCGGCAACGAGGUCACGCACAUCAAGAUACAGAACAACGGGGAGUUCCUAGACUUGUACGGCGGCGAGAAGUUCGCCACGCUCUCCGAGCUCGUCCAGUAUUACAUGGAGAACCAGGGCCAGCUGCGCGAGAAAAACGGUAACGUCAUCCGAUUAAAAACUCCACUCAACUGCGCCGACCCUACCACUGAACGCUGGUACCACGGCCAGCUCACCGCUAAAGAAGCGGAGAGGAUGAUGCUCGAAAACGGGAAGAACGGCUCCUUCCUAGUGCGCGAGUCCCAGCGGCAGCCUGGGGACUUUGUGCUCUCCGUGAGGACCCACGACCGCGUUACACACGUCAUCAUUCGCCGCCAGGACAAAAAGUACGACGUCGGCGGCGGCCAACAGUUUCCCGACCUUGUCAGUCUCGUCGAGCACUACCGCAGCUUCCCCAUGGUCGAGACCACCGGCGAGGUGUUGCGCCUCAUGCAGCCUUUCAACGCAACUCGCAUCCAGGUCCGCCACUUCCAGACUCGCGUCAAACAGCUGCAGAAGGAGAACGAGGGACCCAUAGAGAGCAUGGCCUACAAGCAGGGCUUCUGGGAGGAGUUCGAGACGCUGCAGAUGAUGGAGAACCUACAGCUGUUCGACCGCAUGGAGGGCUCCAAGCCCGAAAAUAUCAGAAAAAACCGGUAUAAGAAUAUCAUCCCGUUCGACCACACCCGCGUAGUGCUUCGGGAUAUUCCGGCGGACGCGCCCGCGGGCGCCGACUACAUCAACGCCAACUACAUCCGCUGCGACAGCACCGAGCCCGGCGCCGACCACGACUGCAACGGCUCCAACGAGAACGGCUGCCCGCAGCUCCGCGGCGGCACGCCUACCAAGAGCAAAGACAAGUCCUCCCCGAAUCACACACCCAUCACAGAAGAAAAGUCAUUAGGCUCCAAGGAAAGUCUCAAAUCGUAUGGCAACGGGACUCAUAAGUCGCUUCCUCCUUUCGAACCCAGCGUUCUCCCCUCGAAUCCCAACUACGUCAACACGACGAUACCGAAAGCCGCGGUGGAGGCGGAGAAUGGCGUCGCCGAGCACGUUUACCACAAGACAUACAUCGCCACGCAGGGUUGCCUGCCCACCACCAUCUACCAGUUCUGGUCCAUGAUCUGGCAGGAGGACGUCCGCGUCAUCAUAAUGACGACUAAAGAGAUCGAACGAGGCAAGGUCAAAUGCGAGAGGUACUGGCCGCAGUUGAACAAGACAGAUUCAAUAAUGAAGUUCACGAUCGUGAACGAGUUCGAGUCGUCGACGCAGGACUACACGCUGCGGCGAUUCCAGGUGACGAAGAGCGACGAGCCGGGCGUCAAGCGACAGAUCUUCCACUUCCACUUCACGGCGUGGCCCGACCACGGCGUGCCGUCGGAGCCCGGCCGCGUGCUCAACAUCCUGCUGGACGUGAACUACCGCCUGCAGCAGAUCAUGACGAGCGCCGCGCCGCCGGCCGCCGCCGUCGUGUGCGUGCACUGCUCGGCGGGCAUCGGCCGCACGGGCACCUUCAUCGUCAUCGACAUGAUCCUCGACCAGAUCAGGAAGGAGGGGUUCGACUGCGAGAUCGACGUCCACCGCACCGUGCAGAUGGUGCGCGACCAGCGCUCUGGAAUGGUGCAGAAUGAGGCCCAGUAUAAGUUCAUCUACAUGGCGGUGCUAGAGUUCGUCGAGACGGUGAAGCAGCGCGUGGGGCUAGGCUCUGCGGACUCGAAGGCGCGCAAUCACCCGAAAGAGAUCGUGGAGAGAUUCUGCGCGUGGAAAUAACGCUGUCUUGUCGGGUGACUACUUGUGGCGCGGCGCCACUAACUUUCGUAGCCAGACCCGAUCACAGCUUAUCUCAUGGGGUACUCUAUUUAUGGUGCAACAAGCAAUGGAAUCUGGUUCUAUGGAAUGAGUGUGCGGACACUGCGGACCUCUUCACUUUUGCUUUACAUGCAACGAAAUUGAAAACAGGCAACGCAAUUCAGUGUACAAUACUUUUUUUACAUUUGAACGCGAGUAAUGUUGCAAAUCGAUUUCUAAAAGACAUCACAUAGUUUCUGUUAGAAUUUAUUCGAGCCAUCUUUUUACGUAGAAAUCGACAAAACGGGAACAUUUCGAGAGUUGUAUAGUAAUAUUGUUAUAAUCGAGCUAAAUUCAUAGAAUUAAUAAUAAGUUAAUAAAGUGUAAUCCAACAAUAACAUCCUGUUGGAAAUCCCUGAAAUUUGUUAACGGUAUUUUGUUCAGCACCAUUGUUCCGAGUAACGAGUCAUAUUUCUUAAGAUUUUAUGAGACUCGGCUAGCGGUCUCGGUUAUCGAUUUUUCCAUAGUUUUUUAAAAGUUUAACUUUAUAGAUAAUUUAAUGAUUAUAAAUACCUACGUUUCAGGAAAUCGUAACAGAACAGAAG